AUGGCCGACGCUUUGUGUGGGCCGUCAAACGCCCUUCAAAACUUCCAGAAACACACAGCAGUCGAUAGGACACUGCAGCAGGAUAGGCUGAUCAACCGCCAGUCUCCCGGCCAACAGGGGUUCCGCUCGCAACAUCCCAAUGCCAAUGUUCUUGACUCUGAAUUUCAAACCUUCGAGAAUAACUUUGCCGGAAAUGCUCCUAUGCUAGAACGGCCCGGCCCAUUCGGCGCCCCCGUGCAUGCCCCAUCACAUCCUGCUUUCGCAGCCGAUGCUAGCGACUGGGCGUCCGAUUUUCAGAAUCUGAGGCUGUCGGGACCUUCCCAGAAUAUACACCAGCAACAAAUAAGACCGGGGCCAGCGCAAAAUGCUGUACACUCAGAGGGCUGGCAACAUGAAUUUGCUAGGCAUCAACAGCAAAACAGCCACAAUCCCAUGACACAAUCGACACCAAUGUCGAAUUUCCAAACCCCUUUUCAGCCUUCCUAUCGCAUGAACACUGGAGCCAUGGGGCAGUUUCAAACAAACCAGGAGCCUGUACAAGCAAACCUGAGCCAUGCAAAGGAACCAGCCGCAUUUGAUGAGAGUGCCUUCGAGGCUGCGUUCGAGCAUGUGCAAGCCGAAGUAGAUCAACAACAGACGACAACGGAGCAAGUUCAAAGCACGGAAUUAGACGAAACGCAAAUAGAGUCCGAGCGUACAGAGCUGGGUGUUGACGAUCAGAUCAGAAUCGGCUCUGAUUUGAUCACAAAUACUUCGGAUGCCAAUGUUCAAGAACAAAAACAAGACCCAGACGAACUAGCAAGAACCGCCGGGAGCUUGCUCGAAAGUCUCAGCCACGAAAAUAGCAAGAAGUUUCAAGAGAGCAAUUUCCUCGCCCUGAUGCGCCGAAUUCGGGAUCGCGAGGUUCACAUUGAAGGCGAUGAGUUUCGCGAAUCGUCGCAGCCGUUGCAUCCAGGGGGGAGAAGCUAUCCCGGAGCAUUCGAUACUAGGAACACGCGUGUCGACGAUGGCAGGCCCACGAGCAGUACUGCAGAUCCACAGCAUCCUCAAUAA